CGUAUCUUAUUGCUUCCUUGUUGAUGUCGCUGUAACUCGUAAAUUGUGUGAGGGCCUUUUUGCGGGUAUGUGUUGUGUGCAUUCACGGGUCGCAAGAAAUCUUUUUGUUUACGGAUCAGUGUUAAGACCUGAGAAUGGCUGAUAAAUUUGACAAUUUGGAAGAACAUUUAGAGAAAUUCGUGGAAAAUAUCCGCCAGCUGGGGAUUAUCGUUAGUGAUUUCCAACCAAGUAGCCAGCCAGGACUAAAUCAGAAAUUGAGUUUUAUGGUUACAGGAUUACAAGACAUUGACAAGUCCCGGCAGCAACUGCAGGAUAUCAAUGUGCCAUUGGAAGUAUUUGAAUACAUCGAUCAAGGACGUAAUCCACAGCUGUAUACCAAAGAGUGCCUGGAAAGAGCUCUGGCCAAGAAUGAACAGGUCAAAGGCAAAAUUGACACUUUAAAGAGAUUUAAAAGCCUUCUCAUUCAGGAGUUGAGCAAAGUUUUUCCAGAAGACAUGGCUAAGUACAAAGCAGUGCGAGAAGACGACCACCCACCUUCAUAGCACAACUUCUUUUACAACCUUGUGCUAAAACGAAUUGCAUACAAUUUGUCAUGGCUGAUUUUGUGUUCAUCAUAAAGUGAAAAUUUUGACCGCAAGUGCAUCUGUCCUGUGAGAAAUGUAGCAAAAUGUGAUUCUCUUUGCAAAGGGCAUUAUUUUUUUUUAAUGGUUGUGUUCUAGAAUGGUCUGCAUACCCUGUGGUAGGUGACAAGGAAUGUGCCUUGAAAGCAGUUUGAACUGUAAUAGGUUUUGGAUAAAAGCAGUAUCACUUUUUUUUUUGAAAGACAUGGUUGCAUUUUAUUUUUUGUACUUUGUAACAGAUAAUGGAGCAAAGGGUGUAUUAAGAUACUCGUAUCCAUUAAGACUUAAGUUAUGGUGAAGUUCAUUGGUUUCAUGUGAAACUGAAAUAAGAUUUUUUUAAUUGAUUGAAUAAUGACUGCAACCCUUGCUUGCUGCUUAAGUGUAGAGUUUUUUCUAAUAAACUUUUGUUAAGUUGUUUUACAUUUAUAAA